AAAAAAACCCCGAUCCCACGACCCAUCGACGGCGCCCGUUCGACUACACUUGCCUUAAACAUGACUCCCUACAGCGUCCUGUGAUCGCAAUUGCAAUGAGCCAAAGUUCAUUUUUCGAGAGAAGCAAAAACAGCCGAGGCGCCUUUAUCCUCUUUAUUCAAACAAAGAAACAUGAAUUUAAAACCUCUAACCUUCUCAGCGCGCAGACUGCUGCAUUGCAGGACCCGUCGAGCGAAUAUUAUUAGCGGCGGUUCUGUGAAACAGUGGUCUGUGCACGGCGGUGCUGCAAGGGGCACUUCAGUCAGAUACUACUAUGAGCAAACUCAAGGUGCAGAUCGGAUACACCCAGGCUCGUUUCCAGUUCGGACUGUAGACCUCCGCAGCGACACCGUUACCAAACCCGGACCUGCGAUGCGCCGGGCCAUGGCUGAAGCCGAGGUCGGGGACGAUGUUUUUGGGGAGGAUCCGACUGUUAACGAACUGCAGAAAAGGGCAGCUGAUGUGUUUGGGAUGGAGGCAGCUCUGUUUGUCCCCACUGGAACCAUGAGCAAUCUCAUCGCAGUCAUGGUGCACUGCUCGGAGAGAGGCGAUGAGAUCAUCGUGGGGGAUCAGUCACACCUGCACGUCUACGAGCAAGGGGGCAGCGCACAGUGUGCAGGCGUUCACUCCACUACUGUUUCCAACCUCCCUGACGGGACCUUUGACCUGGAAGAGAUGGAAUCCAAGAUCAGGCACGGCUACCCUGAUGCACAUUACCCCCGUUCUCGUCUGGUCUGCGUCGAGAACACGCACAACAUCUGUGGGGGGUGCGUCCUGCCUCUCUCCUUCCUUCAAGAGCUGCGCCUGCUGGCUGACCGCUACCGCUUGGCCGUGCACAUGGACGGAGCGAGGCUGAUGAACGCGGCCGUGGCGCUGGGCGUCCGCCCUGCCCACAUCCUGCGGCACUGCCACUCUGUGAGCGUGUGCCUGUCCAAGGGGCUCGGGGCGCCAGCCGGCAGCCUGCUGGGCGGGCGCAGUGAGUUUGUGCAGAGAGCGGUGCGUGCCCGCAAGGUGCUGGGCGGAGGGAUGAGACAGGCGGGCAUCCUGGCAGCAGCUGGCAUCAUUGCCCUGACGGACAUGGUGGCCAGGCUGGAGGAGGACCACUGCAAUGCCAAGGCCUUUGCCAGAGCCUUACUGCAGAGCGACCCUUCCCUGUACCAGCUGGACCUCAGGGCUGUGGAGACCAACAUCGUCCGCUUCCGCCUCUGUGACCCCGGCCUGACCCCGGAGGAGUUCUGCCAGCGGAUGGGAGAGGCCUGCGGCGAGGAGGCGGAGUCUCUGGGCCAGGCGGUACGCGUGCUGAUGUUCCCCCACGUGGGGCGCUCGGUACGGGCCGUGUGGCACCUGGGCGUCAGCCGGGAGGACACCGAGCUCGCCAUCCGGAAACUGCGCUACGUCACUCAGCGGUACAGAGAGGAGAGCUGCCGGCACGCUUGAGCCCCGGCAGUGGACAGAUGUCGCCUCCGGGUGUGGAUAUCGGAAGGAAAGGGAAAGGGCUGAGCUAUUUUUAAAGAAAAUUCCCUACCUGCGCGUGAUCCCGCUCUACACAAUUUCCUUAAUUGCUCCGAAAUGUCAGUCUCGCAUAAAAGGCAGACGACAUUUUGAAAUCGUGACUUUUGUAAUGUAGUAGAUUGAUUGGGGAGAAAGAUGUCUAAAUUGGAGCCUAAGUGGUCACAAUUUAAGUGAAGAAUAAUUUAA